AUAACACGAUUACACUCGCCCCUUUCCGAGAUAAGAAGUGACGUUUGUCCCAGUUGCCAUUUCCUUUAACAGACUUGUGAGUGAGUGCCGUUCAGCGCCCAGGAGUGCCGCUGUCAUUCCCAGAGUGCCAUAGCGUUCUCGUGCUCGCCUGCAGUGCCACGCGUUGAGCCUCAGAGGGUGGAAGCAGUGCCAGUGAUAUCCCAAAGACGAAAAGCAGUGAAGGAAACGUAUGUGUGUGGGGUUGUGUGAAGUUGAACAGAGCGACAAGUGAUAUCCGUGAGACUUGAACAUUGAUAAGAGGGAGAGAAAAGAGUGAUAAACGUGGUUAGAAAAGAAAUGAAUAACCAUACAAUUUAAGGAAAAGUUUAUACAGAAGACGAACAGAGCGGCAAGUGAUAUCCCUGAGACUUGAACAGUGAUAAGAUAAUAUAAGAUAAGAUAAGAUAAGAUAAGAUAACUUUAUUGUCACAUUAAAUACGAAAUACAACAUGAAAGGGAGAGAAACGAUGAAACGCCUGACAAAAACGUUUCCCGUGGGCUCAAAUUGUGUUAAAAAUAGCAGAUAAAAAACGUUUUGAAAAAUAAGAAAGUAGAAAAUAAAGAUAAAAAUAAUGAAUAAAAAACGUGUUGACAAUAGCUAAUAAGAAAUAAAUGAGAUAAGUAGAAUAAAUGAAAGAGUAAUGUUUGGAAAGGCGGAAACGUAUUUAGAAAAGUUAGUUUGAUGUUCCAGCCUGACAAAAACGUUUCCCGUGGGCUCAAAAUGUGUUAAAAAUAGCAGAUAAAAAACGCUUUGAAAAAUAAAAAAAGGAGAAAAAAAAUAAUUAAAAAAAUGUGUUGACAAUAGCAGAUAAAAAACGUUUUGAAAAAUAAGAAAGUAGAAAAUAAAGAUAAAAAUAAUGAAUAAAAAACGUGUUGACAUUAGCUAAUGAGAAAUAAAUGAGAGAAGUAGAAUAAAUGAAAGAGUAAUGUUUGGAAAGGCGGAAACGUAUUAAGAAAAGUUAGUUUGAUGUUCCAGCCUGACAAAAACGUUUCCCGUGGACUCAAAUUGUGUUAAAACUAGCAGAUAAGAAACGCUUUGAAAAAUAAAAAAGUAGAAAAAAAAUAUGUAUGUUGACAAUAGCUAAUGAGAAAUAAAUGAGAGAAGUAGAUUAGAUGAAAGAGUAAUGUUUGGGAAGGCGGGAACGUACUGAGAAGAGUUAGUUUGACGUUCCAGAGAUAAACGUUUUUGGUCAUAAAAGUAAAAGAAAUUAAUAAGUGUGAUGGAAACGCUCACUUGGGUUGUCAUAUGUUAGCAAAAAGUGCAGUGUGAAGAUAAGAAAAAUAAUUAAUAUAAAGUUUUAAAAUGAUUAACAGAGAGUGGAAAAACAGCAAAAUAUAGUAAGUAUAAUCCUGAAGAAAUCGCAAAGAAAACAAAACCAGGAAAGAUGAAAUGAACUCAGAACAGAUAAAGCAAAAGAUAAAGAACAGUAAAAAGACAACAAAAAAAAAAACUAAAGAAAACUAAUAAAAACACCUGAAACCAAAUCAAAGAAUGAACUCAGAAGGCAAAAUGUCGGCCCCAGAGUCCUCGUCCUCGUCCUCGUCCAGUUCUGAGUCCUCGGCGCCGAGUUCUCCCGAGGCGCCGAAGAAGAUCAACCAGUCCUCCUCAGGCGCUACAGAGGCUUCGAAAAAGGCAUCCAAUUCCAGUUUAGAGAAACACAAAGAGUCGAACACCACAAGACCGUCACAGAGGGUCUCCAAGUCUCCUUCCAGUUCCCCAGAAGUCAAAGGAAAGGUCCCUAAGCUCCCUGCAAAAGAAAGCAAGCAACCAGACACGUCAGUAAAGUCUCAAGAGGCCUCCAAGUCUCCUUCCAGUUCCCCAGAAGUCAAAGGAAAGGUCCCUAAGCUCCCUGCAAAAGGACGCAAGCAACCAGACACCUCAGUAAAGUCUCAUGAGGCCUCCAAGUCUCCCUCUAGUUCCCCGGAAGCCUCAGCGGAGGUCCCCAAAUCCCAGAAGGUCUCCAAGUCACCUUCAAGCUCCCCAGAAGCCCCAGCAAAGGUCCCUAAGCUCCCUCCAAAAGGACGCAAUGAAUCAGCCACCACAUCUAAGUCCCAUAAGGUGUCCAGAUCCCCUUCCAGUUCCCCAGAAGCCUCAGAAAAGGUCCCCAAGUCGCCUCCAGAGGAACUCAAAGACGCAAAAUCUUCUGAACCGCCAAAGAAACUCUCCUCAUCAGCUUCGAAGACCCGUGAACCACCGAUGAUACUCCCCAAAUCACUUAAAUCUACACAGAAAUCCCAACCACCACGCUCCCAUGAGGACUCUGGAAAGGACAUCCCGCAUCCCAAAGAGUCCAGUGAAGUGCAGAAAGCCAGCGCAUCGCCUUUAGGUCCUGCGGCUGCCCUCAUGAAGCCCCCUCAUCGCCAGUCCUUCAAGUCCUCGCUACAAGUCAUGCUUAAGAGGCAGGAACAGGAGCUAGAGAAGAGCAUUGAGUACAGGGAGAAGCUGGAAUGCGGUGAACUAGACGAAGAUGAAGACGAAGGGGUUGGGACGAAGGAAGCGGUUGGAGGUAAAGGAGAAAGAAGAGGCAGUGAGGGGAACUUAGCGGACGAAAAGGGAAAGGAAAAACAGGAAGAUGCCGAUGAAAGAGUAACGAAAGGAGAACAAGAGAAGGAAAAGUCCAAGAAAGGGAAAUCAAAAGAAGACGAAGACAUGGAUGGAAAGACAAAGGAGAAGGAAGAGAAGAAAGCACAGGAGGAGAAAAAGAUGGAGAGAAGGAAGAAGGAAGCAGAAAUGGAGGAGAGGACAAAGAAAGAAGAAAAGCAGAUGAAGAGGAAAGAAGAGGAGGAGAAAGACAGAGAAAGGCAGAUGAAGAGGAAGGACAAGGAGGAAGAGGUGGAAAAGAGGAGACAGGAAGGAGAGAUGAGGAAAGCGGAGGCAGAGAGGGAAGAAGAGAAGAAAAAAGAAGAGAGAAAGGAGAGCGUGAAGGCAAUGAAGUCAGCAGCGAAAGAAGAAAAGUUUCACGGCUCCCUGUACAUGAAAAGGAAGCGUACAUUCAACCCAUGGAAGGAGUACUACUUCGUGCUGGACGGCCUCCUGCUCACCUACUACAGUUCCAAGCAGCAGUAUGACGAUCUCAGCGGCAUGAAGGGCUCGCUGGAUUUGACCCUGGCCGAGGAGGUGCAAUCGCGCAAACCGGGGUUCAUGAAGACACACCAUCCCUUCUGCCUGACCCGCCGGAACCUGUCCUCUAUUAAUCUGGCGGCAGGAACGAAGGAGGACCGACAUCGAUGGCUGGAGACCCUGAGCGCGGCGAUCCGACCUCAUAGAAUCUCCAGUCACAGUUCAGACCGGACGCUUCACACUACUGCCUCUGCCUCCCACGCCGCCCCUGCCGCCGAACCCACCAACAAGGCCUCCACCCUCCCAGCUCGCGUCAAGGGCUUAAACAGCUACGCCUCUUCCGUGAGUGAGGAGGAGGAAGAGGAGGAGGAGGUGAAGAAAGUGAAGGAGAAGAAGGAGGAGGAGGAGGAAGUGAAGAAGGAGGAGGAGGAGGAGGAGGAACCUGAACUGAUCAAGCCUAAGAAGAUUCUGAAAGUGCCCAUCGGACUGCCCCUGGGGAUGGUCAAUUUGGGAGAGGUGAAGUUGAAGAAAUUGGAGAAGAAAGUCGUGAAGGAAGAGAAUUGUAAGACCACCUCCACCGCCGCCACCGCUGCACCCCCCGCCGCCGCCGCCCCCGCCCCCGCCGCCGCCGCCGCCGCCGCCGACGCCACACACAACACGGCACAGGACGACCCACAAGAAACGUCUCCACCCGGCGAACUGUUCGGUGUCGUGCUGAAGAAGACAAGGAAGCCGGAGGAGAAGGAGAAGGAGGCACCCAAGGACACUGCCCCCACCCACCCCAUCCCCGCCAAGAGGCCCUCCAAGCAGCCAGUCAUUCCUCUUAAUAGUGGCAAGCUGCUGGUCGUUCCCACAGCCAAGUCGCCGAAGACAUCCCCGGCCACGCAGAAGAGACAAACGUCGGAGAGGAGGAAGUCUCCGUCCCCAAGUCUUCCCAUCUCCAAGAGCGUCCAGGCCCUCACAAAGUCCGCCGAGGAGGUGAAGGAGACGCAGGUUAAUGUCGCCUCCUCUGACCCACCCGCCGCUGCCUCCACGACCUCGGCCGCGGCGGGAAGAGACAAGUCCGGCAUCAAGUUGUGUCACGCCCAAACGAUGGAGGUCAUGUACAACAACGUGGAGGUGAUGGAGGAGGCCGAGGAGGUGGUGGAGGUGAAGGCCGCGAAGAGGGAGGAGGAGGAGACUGAGAAACAAGACGUGGCGAAGGUGGUGGGCGUGGGUGUGGAGAGCCAGAGGAAGGGUGAGGAGGCUGAGGUACAGGAGGCAGGAAAAGAUGCACAAGAGGAGAAAGAGAUCAGAGAAGAUGCUGAGGUGGAGGGAGAUGAGCCGUAUCACGAGGAAGAUGAGGAAGCGGCCGCAAAAACCCGUCCUCAAGAUCCCAUUGUGGGUGCCGAGGACGAGGAUGCUGUGCGUGGUGCGAGCAAGGGGACACAGGAACAGUUGGAUAAAGAGCUUCAGGACAUGAGGGACAAGAAGACGGUGAGCGAGGCCCCUGCAGAGGACCAGUCGCGUGAGGACAACAGUGAGGGAGCAUCCUCGCCUCCCCCUGAAGCCCCGAGCGUCCCCUCGCCCCUCACCCCCCCGGCCUCUCCCGCUUCCAGCCAGGCCUCGGCAGCCUCAGGCAGGUCCUCACCACCUUCCUCUCCAGCUGCUCCCCCUUCUAAAUCUUCCUCUUCCUCCACAAAGUCGUCCCUUUCCUCCCCGAAGUCGAUCCCUUCCUCCCUGAAGUCGUCACUCCUGAAGAAGGAGGAGGAGGAGGAGGAGAAGGGAAGUGUGGAGGCGUGGCCUUUGGAGGUGGGCCGCCCCCGCGCCGACACCGGCGAGAGCACCGCCUCGUCCACCGCCGAGGGCGGCGAGAAGAAGCCCGGCAAGCUGCGUCGCCUGAAGAAGAAGCUGAAGAGCAGCGCCUCGUUUAAAAAGGAAAAGGAGGAGCCCGCCAGCCCGAAGGAGCCCAGGAAGCGGCGGGGCAGCAACUCCCUCACCGCGCUGCUGGCGGGGAAGAAGAAAGGAGGCAAGAAGCACGCCGAGGAGCCGCAGCCUCACGCCUCGCAGGGAGGGGCCACGAGUCACACGGUCACCGCGGCGCCUCACCAGACGGUCAUGGCCUCGUCUGAGCCACCUCCCACUGAGGCUCCGCUGCCUCCUGACCAGGGACUUCCGAGGGUGAAUUUGCCGGAAGCUCAUCCCAACCCUCCUCAGAGGGCAGAGGACAGCGCCUUGGCUCAGAUGGACAGCGCAUUGGCUCAGAUGGACAGCGUCUUGGCCCAGAUGGACAGAUCCUUGGGCGGCCAGCCGAGUGUUGUGGACCCCGCGGCCCCGUGCCUGAUGUCAUCCCCUGGCGGCGAGGCGUCUCCCGACACACACAGCCACUUAUCCGUCGACACGGGCAGCGACCAGCCGCCCUCUAUCCCAAAGAAGACGCGCAUGCGCGCCAAGUCCCCCAACCAUGACGUGCCGAAGAGCAACAGACCCGUGACCAACAUUCAAUUGGUGGGCAUGGACCACGAAGACGAGCCCAGCCAGACCGUGGACGGCUACAUAACCGAGGAGCAGAUCGAAGCGCUGCUCAUGGCCAAGGAGAACGAAAAUAAGCGGAAGCAGUCCAAGGGCCGCACACAGAUGCUGCUGUCGGUGCCGGACGCGGAGAAGGGCGCGUCCCUGCCCGCCGCCACAUCGUCCCCCUCCACCGAGGAAUGGGGACCCAGGCGGCCCGCCUUCAACUCCUUCAGCAGCAUCGAGAGUGAAGAAUCGAUGCCCGCCACUAACUUCCUCGGCACGCACCGGGGCUCCAGCAGCUCAGGCAGCCUGCGGGGCGGCAGGAGGUCCCUGGAGGCUGACGGCGAUGAGCACACGUCCCUCACGGCGUCAGAGAGCGGCGAGUCCUUAAGCCCGGAGGCGGAAAGCCCCAUGGAGCACCAGUGGCGGGCCCCGCGGCCCACCGACGCCAUCACAGCCAAAAACCGCCUGAGUCUCACCUCCCCGGAGUUCACCGUCCAGGAGGAAGAGGGGCUCAGCUCCCCAGAGACCGCCAAGGCCAGGCCGCCGUGCUCAGGCGACGACGACAAAGACAAGAGAAAACAGGAAAACGACGACGAUAAAGUCGAGGCAGGCCCCGAGGCAGAGGCAAAGGAAGAGGAAGAGGCAGACAGCGAAGCCGAGCAGGAGAACUUUUUUCCCGUGGUGGGCGGCGACGUGCAGCUGAGGCACCCUCCGGCCCACCUGGCGGCGGCCCUCGACCUGCACAAAGGCGAACUGCGCACGUCCGGCAUCGUGAGUCUGAAGGAGUACCUGAAGACGCAGGAGGAGGACCUGGACAAGGUGAAGUCUGGCAUCAGCCGCCUGGGUCACAGCGCCGCCGUGGAGAAGCUGAAGCAGGCAAGCAACGAGCAGUGACGACCCGCCCCGCCCCGCCCCACCUAAGGCACUCGCCGGAGUAAGACAGAGUACACUACAAUCAGACAGAGGGAGCUGGAGAACGUUGGGGAAAGCCUUUGUACUGUAGUGGCUUAAGAACAGCAAAGACGAGGAAAAUGGUACAUGUAAAAAUGGCAUAAGAGGAAAAUGUGAAUAUAAAUCACAAUAAAAUACUUGUUUGUGAACCAAAAAAAAUUGUGAGAAAUUGAAAAAUGGAGUGUCAUGGCAAAUAUGUAAUUUGUUUCACUAAAACCAGUGUAGUCAUAAAUAUGUAGACAAUUCAAGCUAACACGGAUUAUGAAGAACUAGAAUUUAUAAGCUAAUGUUGAUUUUUAUCGUGCGCUGCUCUCCACCAAGACCUCCAGCUCAAGACUCCUUGGCCCGACCCGACCCGACCCGACCCGUCCCGACCCGCCGCGCAGCCCUCAUCAGCGCCGCGGAGGGCCGUGAGGAGGGAGAGAAGCCUCUGAGUGCCGGGGAGGGCUGGGGAGGAAGAGGGGGGCACAGGGAUGCAGUGGUAGUUGCAAGUUUUCUCGAAAAAUCUUUUUAUUGGCAUAAAGUUUGUCUUCGCGAGAAGAAUGAGAUAAAAACAUGUGCAUCGAAAAACGAACCACUUCUGAACUGAAAUGUACAAGACUGUUUCAACUUUGCCUCAGCGCCUGCUCAGGGACGCGCCUCCAACAGAUCCUUGACAGAGUGCCAAGGCGGGAAGAACUCCUCCUAGGCCCUCCUCCCCCUCCCUCCACCUGUGUGUGAGGCGAGGCACCGGACCCCUCGCCACCCUCACGCCCCGCCCACACUGGCUGGCUGACUAACUCUAGCACAAGACAGUAUUAAUAUAUGACUAAUAAAACACUAAGUAGU